CUACCAAGGAAAGCGAAGGAGAACCCCAUAAUUUUAGGCAUCCCCCGCGCUUCUCUCUAACCGCUCUUUUCAUCUCCACACACUUCUCUCUCUUUCUCUCUCUAAAUUUCCGAGAUAUAUUGACCAGACAUUCCUUCUGAAUUUCCCUUUGAAUUUCGAAAAGUUAUUCUCAGGUCUGGUCAACCUUUCCGGCUCUCCUUUUUUUAAUAUGGGUUUUGAAGUUCUUGAUUCAGUAAUAUCUUUGGAAAUUUAGGCUCUGUGUUUGUUUGGGUGGAAAAUCUUUGGAUUCUUUGAAAAAUGGAUGUGAAAACAAGUGAAGAAGGGGUUGAAGCAUCCAAAACUGGGAAACCAGAAAAUCAUGAGGGAUCCUCCAACUUGAAGGGCACAGCAAGUGUUUGUGAAAAAGCCUUGUCCACCAAGAGUCCCGGGAGCAUUAGUAGCAAAGAUAUGAUUUUCCGGGCUGAUAAAAUUGAUCUCAAAAGCUUGGAUGUUCAGCUUGAGAAACACUUGAGCAGGGUUUGGUCAAAAAAUGUAGAGAAUCAGAAUCAGAGCCAUAAGCCUAAGGAAGUGUGGGAAAUUGAUCCUUCGAAGUUGGAAAUUCGAUAUCUUGUUGCUCAGGGAACCUAUGGAACCGUUUAUCGCGGUACUUAUGAUAAUCAGGAUGUUGCAGUGAAAUUAUUAGACUGGGGAGAGGAUGGCAUGGCCACAGCUGCCGAAACUGCUGCUCUACGGGCAUCAUUUAAACAAGAGGUUGCUGUUUGGCACAAGCUCGAUCAUCCAAAUGUCACAAGAUUUGUUGGUGCUUCAAUGGGGACUUCACAGCUCAAAAUUCCUUCUAAAAAUCCUUCUGAGGGUUAUUCCGACCUUCCUUCGAGGGCGUGUUGUGUUCUUGUCGAAUUUCUUCAAGGAGGGACAUUAAAGAACUUCUUGUACAAGAACAGGAAAAAGAAGCUAGCUUUUAAAAUUGUUACCCAACUUGCUUUAGAUCUAUCUAGAGGACUAAGCUAUCUACAUUCGAAGAAGAUCGUACAUCGUGACGUCAAAGCUGAAAACAUGUUGUUAGACACUCAUAGAACACUUAAAAUUGCUGAUUUUGGAGUCGCCCGCGUUGAAGCUCAGAAUCCCAAGGACAUGACUGGUGAAACUGGUACUCUUGGGUACAUGGCUCCUGAGGUACUUGAUGGCAAGCCUUAUAACAGAAAAUGUGACGUCUACAGCUUUGGCAUAUGCUUAUGGGAAAUAUAUUGUUGUGAUCUGCCUUACCCAGAUCUUAGCUUUGCUGAGGUUUCUUCUGCAGUUGUCAGACAGAAUUUGAGGCCAGAAAUUCCACGUUGCUGUCCAAGUUCUCUUGCAAAUAUCAUGAAAAAAUGCUGGGAUGCAAACCCAGAGAAACGACCUGACAUGGACGAGGUUGUGAGGUUGUUGGAGGCAAUUGACACGAGCAAAGGAGGUGGAAUGAUACCGGAAGACCAGGCUGGAGGCUGUUUCUGCUUUGCUCCAACUCGGGGUCCAUAAAAAUUUUGUUAUCUGUUCACACUUCUCUUUCGCUAUAUGUCUUGGGAGAUUUGUUGAGAACUCGUUGAAUUUGUCCAUGAUUUGGAAUAACUGGUGAAAAGUUCGAAUAACAUGUUUGAUCUUUUCAAGAAAAUAUUUGUCUUUACUUCUACUUAUUCUCGCGUUUGGUAACAUUGUAGUUUGGAUCCUAUACUUUUACCUGUUGCCUAAACGAACAGAAUCUAUUUCUAUUCUACUCUGUCA